AUGGCUACCACUCCCGCUCCUCCUCCGCAAGCGAGCCCCGAGCAACUGCAGAGCGCCUUCGACUCUUCCAUCUGGUAUCUGCUCUCGCUCUGGCAUCCUCUGCACAUCGCCGUCACAUCGCAAUGGGGCGGGCCCGACAGCGCCGACAAGCGCGACUGGUUCGCCGGCGCAGUAUCUGAUCUCCUGUACGGAAUGCCACUUACCCCUCCUCCCCUCCCCACCACCACCAGCAGCAGAAAUCAGUCCUCCUCGAAUCUCUAACACCCAAACCCUUCCCACAGAACGACUCGCCCGGAGACCGACCCGCAAGACCUCGAAGAAUUCCUGCUGAACAUCAUGAACGACGAAUUCGACUGCAACGUCGAGGACGAAUCCGAAGCCCCCGUCGCGAGGGACAUCCUGCUCGUGCGGAAGCGUCUCCUGGAAGAGCACACCACGCUUGCGGCGCAGGAAGUCGAAUCGAGGUGGCGCAAUCGCGGGCAGAUGAAGGGGGAAGUGAAUGUGCAGGUUGUGCAGAAUGAUGUGGGCGACGAUGAGGACUGGGAGGAAGAGGAGGAAGAUGACGAGGACGAGGAGGGGGAGGCGCCGAGGUUGGUACCAGUGCAGCCCAAGGAGAAGAUGGAGCCCGAGGUGGAUCAGGAUGGCUUUACCAAGGUCGUGGGGAAGAAGAAGAGAUGA